CCAUUGCCUAGGGGAUGACGUCAAUUGCAGGUACCCCUCUACUACACGUAUAUAAAGGAAUUUCGCCAUUAUUCUUUCCUUUUAACCUACUCGUGGCACAUAAGUGGUCGCUUGCUGCAUUAUUUAAUAGCAUCUCUUAACAGAGCAUCAUGCCUAAGGAGAAGACUCACAUCAACAUUGUUGUCAUUGGUCACGUAGACUCUGGCAAGUCUACGACAACUGGCCAUCUUAUCUACAAAUGUGGUGGUAUCGACAAGAGACAGAUUGAGAAGUUCGAGAAGGAGGCACAGGAGAUGGGCAAGGGUUCCUUCAAGUACGCAUGGGUGUUGGACAAGCUAAAGGCAGAGCGCGAGCGUGGUAUUACUAUUGACAUUGCUCUUUGGAAGUUUGAGACCAGCAAGUACGAGGUGACGAUUAUUGACGCCCCUGGUCACAGGGAUUUCAUCAAGAACAUGAUCACCGGCACUUCUCAGGCUGACUGUGCUGUGUUGAUUGUGGCUUCUGGCACUGGAGAGUUCGAGGCUGGUAUUUCCAAGAAUGGUCAGACUAGAGAGCACGCCCUGCUCGCCUUCACUCUGGGUGUGAAGCAGAUGAUAGUGGGAGUGAACAAGAUUGACAGCACUGAGCCACCAUACAGUGAGGCCCGUUUUAAGGAAAUCUGCACUGAGGUCAGCAACUACCUGAAGAAGGUCGGUUACAACCCCAAAGCUGUUGCCAUGGUCCCCAUCUCUGGUUGGCAUGGUGAUAACAUGAUGGAGCCAUCUCCAAAUAUGUCCUGGUACAAGGGAUGGGCCAUUGAGCGCAAGGAGGGCAACGCCAAGGGUAUGACCCUGCUGGAGGCUUUGGACAGCAUCCUGCCCCCCCAAAGACCCACAGACAAGCCCCUGCGUCUUCCCCUCCAGGAUGUGUACAAGAUUGGAGGUAUCGGCACAGUGCCAGUGGGCCGUGUGGAAACUGGUAUCUUGAAGCCAGGCAUGGUGGUCACCUUUGCCCCAGCCAUGUUGACCACAGAGGUCAAGUCUGUGGAAAUGCACCAUGAAUCUUUGACGGAGGCUUUGCCAGGUGACAAUGUGGGCUUCAACGUGAAGAAUGUGUCUGUGAAGGAAAUCCGCCGUGGCUUCGUUUGCGGUGACUCCAAGAGUGACCCACCCCAGGAAACUGCAGAAUUCAAAGCCCAGGUUAUUGUUCUGAACCACCCUGGCCAGAUCAAUGCUGGCUAUGCCCCAGUUAUUGACUGUCAUACCGCACACAUUGCCUGCAAGUGGUCAGAAUUGCAGGAGAAGAUCGAUCGUCGUAGUGGUAAAAAGCUGGAGGAUAACCCCAAAUUCCUGAAAUCUGGUGAUGCUGGUAUAGUGAACAUGAUCCCCUCCAAGCCUUUGUGCGUGGAGGCCUUCUCCAACUACCAACCUCUCGGGCGUUUUGCCGUGCGUGACAUGAGGCAGACCGUCGCUGUCGGCGUCAUUAAGGAGACAAAGAAGAAGGAAAACACCGGCAAGAUGACCAAGGCCGCCGAGAAGGCCACCAAGAAGAAGUGACAGGCAUCCUCCACGCUCGCCACAGUCUCUGAAGAGAAGAGAACCUUUGAUGAUGAUGAUACCACAGCUAUUAUUGUAACUAAGAUCCAACCACCACGAUUUUCUAGGACAAUGCCAUUUAAAUUGAAAACACCGUGCAGCAGUGUAAAAAUGAAUCGGGAUACCGAAGAUGAAAGAGAUGAUGAGAACUAUUCUUUAGGAAAAGGAACCUUGUGUGCCUCGGCGCCAUGCGUUGUUGAGGCAACCGUUUUGAACCAUCUUUUGUUCUACUGGAAGUCUUUAUUUCAAAGACUUGACUUUCAAUUUAAUUUAAGUUGGCCUCUCUGGUUACUUAGGUCUAAGUCUCACUGGAAGGAGGUCAGAAGGAAAAGACCGUACCUAAACUUAGUUCUUAAAACGGCUUUAAAUUGAAAACAUUUUUAAAGCAUUUCAUUUCUUUUCCAGCAACAGACUUUGAUUCAGGAAACGCGAUACGAGUAGCGAUUACAUUUAUUCACCCAGAUGCAGGUGUUUUACUUUACUAAAAAAGAAAAUGCAAAUAAAAAUCUUA